AUGGAGGUUUUCCGUGCUGUCGCGAGUUUUAUCGAUAUUGGUCAGGCUUUGGCCGCCAUUCCCAAGCUGAUCGAUGCUGUCAAGGUUGUUACCAACAUCAGGGAAGAACUGAAUGGCUUGGCGUUCGAGUCAGCUAUGAACUUCUACGCUCAAACGCUUCGAAGCCAUGGCCACCUUCUUGAAAUGCAUACUAUCACUAUUGCCCGCAGGUACACUCCUGAGAUCACCCCUGAGACCGAUCCUGAGACCACCCAGGCAAGGUAUCCCCUUUUGACGAAGAGGAGAAUCUGUGGGCGGCAAUGGAUGAAGACCACAACGAUGAUGAAGACGAUGGCAUUGGGUGGGAAACGGUUCCAUCUGACGACAAUGGGUACGAUUCAAGUGAUGAAGGUAAUUGAAGGAGAUCGAGUUGCUCACCCCUCCCUGUUGUGAACUCAUGCUAUGAUUUCGCCACUUUUGCAUCACGGAGUUUGACGGUUCUUGGAAAUUCCGUACGCCAAGGUACAAAGCAGGUCUCUCUAGGCUUCGUAGUAAGAUAUGUUAUAAGUACAUAAAAGAGCAUGACUCGUCAUCACAAGGCCUUAAGCUCUUCGACCAAAUGAGCCUUUCAAAGAAAGAAUGGCUGAAAUGCAGUCUAGUAGUCUACGCCAAGCGCAUUCACGGAUAGAACCGGCUGGCCUCUGUCGAACUCUGAAUGACAUAAUCCAUAGAUAAAGCAGUACACAUUGUUCUACUACGAGG